GUGAACGAUCCCGGCAACAUGUCCUUCGUGAAAGAAACUGUGGAUAAAUUGUUGAAGGGCUACGACAUCCGCCUCCGGCCGGAUUUCGGAGGUCCGCCCGUCUGCGUGGGGAUGAACAUCGACAUCGCCAGCAUCGACAUGGUUUCCGAAGUCAACAUGGAUUACACUUUGACUAUGUAUUUUCAGCAGUACUGGAGAGAUAAGAGGCUGGCUUAUGCUGGCAUACCUCUCAACCUCACUCUUGAUAACCGAGUGGCAGAUCAGCUCUGGGUGCCUGACACGUACUUCCUAAACGACAAGAAAUCAUUUGUGCACGGCGUGACUGUGAAGAACCGAAUGAUUCGCCUUCACCCGGACGGGACGGUGCUGUACGGCCUCAGAAUCACAACUACUGCAGCAUGUAUGAUGGACUUGAGAAGAUACCCAUUAGAUGAACAAAACUGUACUCUGGAAAUAGAAAGCUAUGGCUACACAACUGAUGACAUAGAGUUCUACUGGAGAGGUGGAGAUAAUGCAGUCACUGGCGUGGAGAGGAUUGAACUUCCUCAGUUCUCUAUUGUGGAAUACAGACUGGUGUCAAAGAAUGUUGUCUUUGCCACAGGUGCCUAUCCAAGACUCUCACUGAGCUUCAGGUUGAAGAGAAAUAUAGGCUACUUUAUUCUUCAAACCUAUAUGCCCUCCAUACUGAUUACCAUUUUAUCAUGGGUGUCAUUCUGGAUCAAUUAUGAUGCAUCAGCAGCCAGAGUUGCCCUUGGCAUUACGACUGUGCUGACUAUGACAACAAUCAACACUCACCUGCGAGAGACUUUGCCUAAAAUUCCAUAUGUUAAAGCCAUUGACAUGUAUCUCAUGGGCUGCUUUGUGUUUGUCUUCUUGGCCUUACUUGAAUAUGCCUUUGUCAACUACAUUUUCUUUGGAAAAGGCCCUCAAAGGCAGAAGAAACUUGCAGAAAAAACAACAAAGGCAAACAACGAUCGCUCGAGGUUUGAAGGCAGUCGGAUGGACACCCAUGGAAACAUUCUGCUAACAUCGCUUGAAAUUCACAACGAGGUGGCGAGCAACGAGGUCACCACCAGCGUUACAGAAGCCCGAAAUUCAACUAUAUCCUUUGACAACUCAGGAAUCCAGUACAGAAAACAAAGCUCCCAUCGUGAAAGCCUUGGAAGGCGUUCGUCAGAAAGAACAGGCACCCAUAGCAAGAGGGGCCAUUUACGAAGAAGAUCUUCGCAACUGAAAAUAAAGAUCCCCGAUCUAACGGAUGUGAAUGCCAUCGACAGAUGGUCAAGAAUGGUGUUUCCAUUCACAUUUUCUCUUUUCAACUUAAUUUACUGGCUAUACUAUGUUAACUGAGUGACUUAGUGUUUUUUAAAGGACUUCAACUAUAACAAGUGAAGUACUA